GAGUUUGCUGAGAGCGCAGCGGCAGCAGCAGCUGGAGCAGAAAUGGCUGAGCGGAAGGUCGCUCUCACACUUACAGGACUUUACAUCCUCAUUCUGCAAGCCUGGGCCAAGUUGGAGGUCAGUAUGGAGGACAGGGUCGAGGUAUUCCUGGACGAUGUAGCAGAGAUCCCCUGCAUAUACAACAUGAGUGGAUCUGCCAGUUCACCGACGAUACAGUGGUUUGCUAAAUCAUCGGCUGGCAACAGAGUACAGAUCUACAACAAAGAUGACAGUAGUGCCACUGAAGAGCCGGACCCAGCUUUCUCAGGGAGGUUCAAUGUCUCUCACUCUCAGGAAGGCAUGAUGGGAAACUCUAUUCUGACCAUCAAUGCUGUACGAAUCAGUGAUGCGCGAGACUUCAUCUGCCAAGUGAACACGGAUGGAGGCAGUAUGGAGAGACAGACUCGACUUCUAGUGUUCAAUACUCCAUCUCGCCUUUCCAUUGAAGGAGGAAAUUACGCCGUAGUCACAGAGACUCUGAAUAAGAUCGCAUCCUGUGAGGUUAAUAAUGGAUACCCUGCCCCUAAGAUCACAUGGUACAAAGACAGAACUCCCUUACACCCCUCAGCUGGUGUCGACAUGCAGAACAGACUGACUAUGAAUUCCAACGGCCUGUACUCAGUACACAGCGAUCUGUACCUCACGGUAGAAAAGGAGGACAAGGAUGCAUACUUUUACUGUGAGGUCAGCUUCUUUGUUCCCGGGGCAGAGAAAAUGAUCGAGUCCGACCGGAUCAACAUCACAAUCCACUAUCCAACAUCGGAAGUUACAGUGUUCCAGGAUUCCCCUGACCGGCUUGUUAAAGAAGGCGACAACGUUGAAAUAAGAUGUGAAGGAGAUGGGAACCCUCAGCCAGUCAAAAGCUUCAAAUACAACAACGAAGUACUUCUUGCAGAUAUGGACAGGCUGGUCCUGCGUCAAGUGACUCGACUAAACAGUGGUUUAUACGAAUGCAGCUGUCUGGAUACAAUAAGUUUUGAAAACAUCAUAGGCAACUUGACCCUUAGAGUGCACUAUCUGGACCCUGUUGUGAUCACUCCUGAGAAUCCAGAUAUCCUGGAUGAAGGAGAGGAUCUGUUUCUGACCUGCAAUGCCCUUUCCUCUCUGUCCACAAAAGCAUUUUGGUACAAGGACGAUUUGCUGCUGGAUGAAGGCCAUGUGUUGAGGUUAUACAACGCCUCCUUUGCCACAGCAGGGACAUAUGUUUGUGAAGUACAGGCAGUUGAGCUUCCUGAGCUAAAAAGGCAGAACGCUGUGCACGUCAGUGUAAGAGGAAAGCCAGUGAUCACAGACGGGGUGGUCGUGAUUCCUCUGGAUACUGAAAAGGCCAUCAAUGUGAGCUGCCAUGCGACAGGACACCCAACUCCGAGCAUCUACUGGAGUCUCUCUGAUGAACAAGCUCAGCUAGGAAGAUGGGAAACCAAGACAGAGAACAGUAUCCACAGCAUUAUUUCCAUCAGCACCACUUCAGACAUCACAGCAUCCUGUAGGGCCACCAAUGACCUGGGAACAGCCGAAACCUCCCGCCACAUUCAAGCCAUUCAAAUGAACCAAACAACAACCACAACAACUCCAACCACAACAACUCCAACCACAACAACUCCAACCACAACAAGCAAUACAACUGGUAUAAUGGUGGCAGGAACAGCCAGCCCCAAAAAAAUCAAAGGGGGCAAAGGAUUCAUCAUUGCCAUCAUCAUCAUUUUCAUCCUACUGCUGGCCAUCCUGGGCAGUGUGCUGUACUUCAUGUACAAGAAGGGCAAGAUUCCAUGUGGGCGCUCAGGAAAGCAAGAUCUCACGAAGGAAAAGGCCAGCAGCGAUGACAUCGUUGUGGAGAUGAAGAGCAGCAAAUCUGAGGAGGUCGUGCUUCUACAGGGAGUCAACGGGGAGAAAAAGACUUCCAGCAACCAGUGAGGCGAACGGAUAAGCAGAGAGGACGGGCCGAUAGCAGUCUCCACGUUACUCCACUCUCUCAGGAUGAGUCCCGGAGCUUCCUCCUUACAGGACUUCCACGUUUAAUCCUCCCCUGUGAGCGGGAACACAAUCCUGUGUCAGACCUCUACAGCUCUCACAUUUUGUUCGCAAGAUUUUUUUUUUUUAAGUUGCCUUUUACCCCCAUACAGGCCUCACUAUCCGUUUUGGAACAAUCUGCUCUCCAUGUUCUACAUCAUGUAUAGAUAAAAUAAUGUACAUAUGUAGUUAUUUAAAUAAUUUUGACGAAACCUAAAGUGUUCUUUGUGACCGAACGAGGUCGUUCUUGCGCUCGACUAAGAUUCGGGCAGCAGACGGUCAGCCGAAGGGCUGUUCGUUAAACGUCCGAGUGCUCGCUGUUGUUUUGUGUUUAAAUUGCUCUCACUGUAGUCUGUGCACUGAAACUCAGAGCUGCCUCUCACUACUGUGCUGAUCCAACACUGUGUAACCGCUUCACCUGCUGUCUCUAACAAUACUUCAUCACUGAGGGGGAAAAUAUAGAAUUUUUUUUUUUUAA